UACCCCAUCAACACCCCAAUCUUCUUCAUCAUCUACUACAACAUAACCCUAGAUAUAAGGGAGGAGGGAUCCAUGGCAGCUUUCUUCUUCAAGAAGACACCACCCAAAAACCUAGCUGAACCAUAGCACCCUUAGAGACCCCAGCCGCCCUCAGCCUGCCAUAACCACCCCAAACCGACGAACCAGCCCCGCCAACCACGCCGCCAAUCCGCCGGAAAACAUAGUUCCCAUCCAUCGAGCAGCCCAUCUUCUUCAUCAGCUUAAUGACCAAAUGACCCCUAACCUCUCUAACACCACCAACAUCUCCGCCGCCAGACCACCCUAGCUACUGGACCUCCAUUUUCAGCAACCUAAUCUCCAUGCUAGCCGCACCCUCACCACCAAAACUUCAUCGUUGGACCUACCUUAACCACGCAAUAGCCAUAAACGAAGCUUCACCCUCACAAAACAACCGAAGCUUCCUCUUCCUCUAAAGAACCUAGAAAAAGCUAGGCUACUUCUUCUUCUGCGGGGAACCAUCGCCGUUGUCAACUUGUCUACGAUCAACGAAGUUUCAUGGCUUCCGUCCUCUCCUCUCCUCCAUGUGCGACGAGUUUCAGAUCUGGUCGAAUGUUUGGUUAAAUCCGAUGACCCUCCAUUGAAUCCGACGAACUGCUAUCAUGCCAUUCUCGUUUCUCGUAUUUUCUCUAUCUUUUCACUGUUACAUUGCCGGAAAUGACGAGAUCUGGUAGCUUUGACUGCCUCUAAGGUUUUUUUUCCUACUCGUACGUUCAUUUGGUUGACUCGGUUGGAUUUCAUCAUCGACAAGUUUUCAAUUUGCAACCGGUGGAGUUUCAUUUGAGUCGAGUUUGCCGGUUCAAGGUUCCGUCGAUAACUUGUUCUGCUUCUUCAUCAGGGAAAAGGGGAAUUAAUCUGGGGUGGUAUUCAACUUUGAGUGCCCAUAUAAAGAGCUAAGUGGCCAGUGGCGAAUGAAAGAAAAAGAGAAGCCGUUGAGAGAAUAGAAAUGGCGAGCUCAGAUAGUGAACGUCACACAGAAGAGGCUGCAGAAAACAAGAGCGAUAAACAGCUCAAAGAUCGCAAAUUCUCAUGGGCAAAGUUACAUCGUGUUGAUUCCCUCAAUUUGGAAGCUGGAAAAGUUUCAAACUCUGCUGCACGACACGGCUCUAAGGCUGACUGGAGGACGAUAUUGAGUCUAGCAUUUCAGUCAGUAGGAGUUAUCUACGGAGACAUAGGGACUUCACCUCUCUACGUUUAUGCAAGUACUUUUACUGAUAAAAUUGGACACAAGGAUGACAUUCUCGGGGUAUUGUCCCUCAUCAUAUAUACCAUAAUCCUCGUACCUAUGACUAAGUAUGUCUUCAUCGUCUUAUGGGCCAACGACAAUGGCGAUGGUGGAGCAUUUGCGUUGUAUUCUUUAGUAUGUCGAUAUGCAAAAGUGAGUCUCAUCCCAAACCAAGAGCCAGAGGACAGAGAGCUUUCACAUUACAAUCUAGAGCUACCAUCUAAUCAAUUUAGACGAGCUCAGAAGAUCAGACAUAAUUUAGAAAAGAGUAAAUUUGCAAAAGUAUUUCUCGUCUUCGUCGCCAUCCUCGGAACUUCUAUGGUCAUUGGUGAUGGAGUUCUCACUCCUUGCAUCUCAGUUCUCUCUGCCGUAAGUGGAAUAAAGCCCCUCGGCCAAGAGGCUGUUGUGGGUAUUUCCAUCGCAAUACUGGUAGCCCUUUUCUGUGCGCAACGUUUGGGUACAGACAAGGUGGGAUACACAUUUGCUCCAGCCAUAUGCAUUUGGUUUUUGUUUAUAAGUGGCAUUGGUCUCUACAAUUUGUUCAAGUAUGACGUGAGCGUCUUACGUGCCUUUAAUCCCAAAUACAUUAUUGACUACUUCAAAAGAAACGGUACAAAAGGAUGGAUGUCUCUUGGUGGAGUUUUCCUCUGCAUUACAGGAUCUGAAGCUAUGUUUGCUGAUUUGGGUCACUUCAGUGUGCGUUCUAUUCAAAUAAGCUUCAGUUGCCUCGUAUUUCCAGCGUUGCUCUCAGCUUACAGUGGACAAGCUGCUUACCUCUCAAAAUUCCCUGAAGAUGUUGAGAAUACUUUCUAUGCCUCCAUUCCAGAUCCAUUGUACUGGCCAACAUUUGUAGUGGCUGUUGCUGCAGCCAUUAUUGCAAGUCAAGCAAUGAUAUCUGGAACCUUUUCUAUUGUGGCUCAGGCCCAAGGUCUAGGCUGUUUCCCAAGGGUGAAGGUAAUUCACACAUCUGCCAAAUAUGAGGGUCAAGUUUACAUCCCAGAGUUAAACUACUUCCUCAUGAUUGCAUGUGUUCUAGUUACUCUAAGCUUCAAAACCACAGAGAAAUUGGGGCAUGCUUAUGGUAUUGCUGUGGUUGUUGCUGAGAUUAUAACCACAAAUAUGGUGACACUAGUAAUGCUUGUUAUAUGGAAAAUCAGCAUAUGGUGGAUUACCCUAUUCUACGUGGUGUUCUUUUCCAUAGAAUCUACAUAUUUUUCCGCCCAGCUGACAAAAUUCACGCAAGGUGGUUAUCUACCCUUAGCCUUUUCAGCCGUGCUCGUGAUCAUUAUGGGAACUUGGCACUAUGCUCAAAAACUUCGAUACCAAUUCGAGCUCAAUAACAAGGUGUCAAGUGAGUACGUCAGGGACUUGGCUAAUAAUCCUGACAUCAAAAGAGUACCUGGAAUAGGAUUACUCUACUCUGAACUAGUGCAGGGGAUUCCACCUAUAUUUCCUCAUUUUGUCUCCAAUAUUCCGUCAGUCCAUUCAGUCAUAGUCCUGGUGUCGAUAAAAUCCAUUCCCAUCAGUAAAGUAGCAGUACAGGAACGUUUCUUGUUCCGACACGUUGAGCCUAGGGAAUACAAUGUGUUCCGCUGUGUAGUGAGAUUGGGGUACAAAGAUCAACUUGGGGAUACAGAGGACUUUGAAAACCAAUUGGUGGAACAAUUGAAUGAGUUCAUUAGACAUGAACAUUAUAUUCUUGCAGCAGAUCAACAAGUUAUAACAGAGGGAGAGACUGUACCACCAGUAUCUGGACAAUUAGUAGCUGGAAAAUCAUCCAGGGUCCACAUGGAGGAAGACUUGCAGCGACACGUGGAUUCUAGAGUUUCGUCAACUGGUUCAAUUCGAUCAAUGAACACUCCAGCAGCUCAGUCAAAUCGUUCAUCAAGUAGAAUACAAACGGUGUCCCCAAAUUUGGAAGAAGAAGAGAUGCAAUUUGUGAAAAAGGCAAAGGGACAAGGAGUGUUCUAUCUCCUGGGAGAAGCAGAGGUGGUGGCUAGACAAGAUGCUUCGUUUUUGAAGAAAGCAUUUGUCAACUAUGGCUAUAAUUUCUUGCGCAAGAACUUCAGGCAAGGGGACAAAGCUAUGGCUAUUCCUCAGACUAGGCUGCUAAGGGUCGGCAUGACUUAUGAACUAUAAUUGUGAGCUACUCCAAAAUCAUACAGUGAAAGUGUGCAGUGAAAGUGUGGUAGCAAAUAGUCGCAUAACAAACAGAGUGAUUUACAUGAUUUUCUGCAGUUUGUAUAUCUUUACUUUUUUAUCCUUUAAUGUGUGCAAGCUUUCAGUUUGAGUCUGAGUAAUUUAACUGUAUCGUUUCAAACUUGUUCGGAAAUGUAUUACAUACUCCUCUUCCAUCUAUCCAAGUUCCAACUUGUUUGAUACUA